UUUGCGCAUGCGUAAUGGAAACGUCAGAUUUGAAAUGUUUUGUAUUAGUAUGUAGUAAGUUUUUUUCGUAUUAUUCACAUUUGGUUUACGUAAAUUUCUAAACAGGUUUAUUUUUUAUGUAUUUGAUAUUAUAAAUAUUAUGGAUACGUGCAGUUCGAACGCGUCUUCAGUAACUUCUUUAGAUUUAGAAUCGGAACAUGAAGAUGUGCCUGAAAAACCCUUAUCGCCCGUUUUAAGUAAAAGUAAAACUAAAAACAGACGGUUUGUUCGUAAACAAUCAAGUAAACAGCCGUUUAAGACGAAUCUAGAUGUGAAAUUUAGGGAUGGAGGUGAUACACCAUAUCCAAAUGCUUCAAUUAAACAAUUUAGAAUAGAGGAAAUGAAUGAACAACAAAGGAAACAAUAUUACAAUAUGUUGUGUGAUAAAAAUGUUUAUCAAGAAAAUGUAAAUGAAAUAAGGGACGAGGAUACUUGUAGACAAAUAUUUCCUGUGAGAGAAAAGAUCGUUAAGCAAACACAUAAUGAAAGUAGGGAAACGGUGAUUAAUUACAGAGAAAAUUCUAAAAGUGUUAAAUUUUGUACUGCUAGUGGAAAAGGAAUUAAUAUUUCAGAUGAAUCUUUACAAAAAGGGAGUGAAAUUUUCGAGGAUAUCUUAGGUGCAGAAAAUGAAGGUUAUCAUGGUAAGUCAUUUUCAAUCAAAUUCGUUUACUAAAAAUGUGGAAAAAUUCAAGAAUCAUCAUGUGGCUUAUAA